GCCCAACCAACUCCGUCCUCCGCACGUCGAACUGCGACCGCUUCUGCGUGCGGAUGGUUCGGCCCGGUUCAAGUUUGGCAACAGCUCGGUGCUGGCCGCCGUCUUCGGACCGCGAGAGCCGCGCAGCCGCGCGCGCGAGGUCUUUGACAGAGCGACGUUGGACGUAGUCGUGCGACCUCGGACAGGCAUCCCGGGUCCAGCUCCGAGCCCGAUCUCUGGGACCUUUGGCCAUCUCCAGGCCGAGCGGCAGCUGGAGGCGUACCUGGCCCGGCAGUUGGACCACGUCAUCGUUCACACAGACUACCCACGGACCCAGAUAUCUGUGGUUGUGCAAAUUGCUUGCUCUGAUGGCGCCACGGCCGCGGCAGCUGGAAAUGCUGCUUUCCUGGCCUUACUAGAUGCAGGCGUGGCAAUGCGUGCAACCGCCCUGAGCGUGAGCGUCGCCGUGCGCAGUGGCACGACCCCGAUCCUACUACUGGACCCUACAGAGGUGGAGGAGACCGGCUGUGAUGCUUUGAUCACCGUGGCCGUUGAUGGCAGCCGUGGGCAAAUGGUCUCCUGCAUUUCAGGCGGAAUUCCACUCGAUGCCCCCACGUGGGCGAGCUGCCUAGAAGCUGCCACGAAGUCGUGCAAAGUUCUCGAGGCCUUCAUCCGCAUGAGCCUGCAGAAGCGGCUUGAGACCUUCCUAAAACCUGGCUGA